UUCCAAGUGAAAGAUGUCAGAAAGUCGCUCAGUGCUGUCUAUUCUUAAAAGAGGAAGGUUGACUUCUCCCAGCAACAAUGUGAAAUACUCCAGCUUUAAAGACUCUUGUUCCACCUCCAUAUUUCAUGAUAGUGGAUAUAAUGUAUCAUUAAAAGACCCUAGCUUUGAUCAUACUGAUGCAGAACAUAAAGAUGAACUGAGUGCAAGACAACUAUCAUUACUGCAUGAGUAUUCUGAACAUUCACACCCUAAUUUAGUAAUUCCAGUGUCGUCUCCCAUCGAAAAUGGAAAGAAUUCUAUCUCCUUAUCUGAAAGAAAAGAGGCAAAUGUAGCUACAGAUUAUUUUGAAACUCCUAAAGUAAGUAAAAAAGACUCAUCACUGCGUAGGAGACUGCUUCUGUCUAAAACUGCUUUGGGAGGCAUUGUAGGAUGCUUUGAAAGACAAGCCAAUUCUUUGGAUUGCAGUAGGAGAAAAACAUUAUCUCAUGUUCUCAGUUUUGAAGAAAGACUUUCAAAAAGUUCUUCAUAUUCUCCAAGAGAUAACACAUACAAACCUCUAGCUACUAGCACUUUAAAAACUGAGGAGUUUAGUCCUGCUUGCCAAAAAUUGAGGCGUGCCUUUUCACAGCAAAGGACUUCUACAGUAGAUGAUUCCAAAUGUAAAAACAACUUGUUGUCAGAACCUGAAUGUUUAUCUCCAAUUCACCAUAAUAAUUCUAAGGACACUAUUAUUGAUAAGACUCCUAAUGAGUUCAGUGAUAGUGCCCUUACGAGCGUUAGUGAUGAAAGCACCUACCUGGAAUUGCUUAGAACCCCUGCAUCUUGUAUGUUAUCUGAGACAAAUGAGGAUAAAUUUCUGACUCCAGUCAGCAACCUAAUAGCAGAUUUUAACUUUGAUUUACUUGACACAAAUACUCCCCCUUCUCAUGUGGUAAGUGACUUGGACCUUUCAGUGCCUGAAGACAGUGGGUUUAAUUCCCUUGGCUUAGAUAAAUCAGAAGUUUCUUCUUCAGAUCAUGAGGGAUCUUUCCAAGAACUCCUUCAAAAACAAAAGGAAGUUUGCAAACUUCUGGAUGCUAAAAGAAAGUUAAGAAAACUAGACCGAGUGAGGAGGUUAUCCACCCUUCCGGAACGGGGUUCACAGUCAGAGACAGAGGAAGACUAUGAUGCUAAGCUAAUUAAUUCAGAAUAUAAAUUAAAAGUAGUAAGAGACCCUGACAGUGAAAACAGUGGAUUGGUUUUUAAUGAGGAGAAUAGUGGAGAUUUGAUUCUAAAUCUUGGGGAUUUAUCAAGAACACCUGCUUUACAAGUAGUCCAUGAAAUCUUCAUGCAAAGCAAAAAAAAAAGACCAGAGCAAAAUGGACUCUUGGAGAACACUGAAAGAGCUGAAAUGUCUGUAUUAGAAUACAUUCUUGCUGGACUCAUAGGCAAGAAAAUGGGCCUUGAAAAAUUAGAUAUUUUAACAGAAUUAAAAUACAGAGAUUUAAAACAUAUUCUUGCUAUAGUUUUAGGUGCUUUGACUGUGGAAAGCCUAUGCAGUAUUUGGAAAGUAAGCAAGAACUGGCGUGAAAUUGUUAUACAAGACAAAAAUGCAUAUCUCAGGAGAAAGCUGUACAUAAAACAGCUGAAGGCGGAAGCUGGGGGAUGUCUCUUGCAUGUUGAAGAUGCUGCCACAAGACUUAAUAUUCUAAGUAGAUCUGCUCUAAGACCUGUUCAAGCUCAAGCUAAAACUGCUGUGUCACAAACACCACCUUCUUGCAAUGAGCUUUUAACACCUACAGGAUGCAGUUCUGUUCCCCAGUCAACUAGUAAACAGGAAGAGUACCUUAAGAUUGCCAAAACCCUUUUUAUUGAUGAAGCUUUAAAACCUUGUCCAAGGUGUCAGUGCCCAGCUAAGUAUCAGCCCUUAAAGAAAAGGGGACUAUGUAGCCGAGAAGCCUGUGCAUUUGACUUCUGUAUUUUGUGUUUGUGCACCUUCCACGGAUCAAAAGAAUGCAGUAGUUCAUCUGCAAAGCGGCAAAAUAAAAAAGAUGCUCUUCCAGGAAGUGCCCAAAGCAAGAGAAAUUUAAAACGACUCUAA